AUGGCAGACCCCUCUUCAAGGCCUCUCUACUCGGACUACGAAUACCAGGACGACAACUCUCACACACAGCAGAGGAGAGCCCCUGGCAUAAACAUCUUUGGUCUCAGUAAUAACAAUAGCAGCGGUGGUUACCAUCUCAUGCCGUCAGGAGGACACGAGAUGGCCGAUCUCAACGAUUCUACUCCCGGACUCGGAAUCUCCAAUAUGGGAUCGGCCUCCAAUGCCCAUUCCCAGUCUCCGGAUCCGACUCAUCAUGCCAGAAUGAGUCCACCCGAGACACCGCAUUCCUUUCACAACCUGCUGGGCGACUCGACCAAUGCGUCGCCGAGACAUCAGCCAGACCCUUCUUUUAGUCCGCGGGUCGCCAAUUCUCAGGGAACUCCAGAGCCGUACUCUGAGAUCUGGGCGCCCUCUAUGCCUCGCUCUGCAAGAAACUCCAACACGGAUCUCACUGAUGCUUCUGAAAAGAUCAAGGAAAUGCCCACGACACAGCAACGCGAGAUCACGCCCUCUUCAUCGAGUCGCGAUGGUCCACCAAUUCCCAAGAUCGUUGAGCCUAGAAAGGAUGAGAUGGACGACGAGUUUGACGAUGAGAUCUUUUACAAGAAGUUUGCUGAGCCUCCAAAGGGUUGCUCUUCAAGCCGAGAUAUUCACCAGCCCAGAUUGAGUUGGCUGUCCAUCACAAUUUAUGUUCUCUCUGUCUAUUCUACUGUCGGUAGUGGCAUCUGGCUAGUAACUGCCAUCCUCCAACCUCGAUGGGGCCACAAGAUCGCCUCAGGAGCCUCACUCUCACCUUCUACAGCCACGACACUCGCUGCUCUUUUAGCCAAGACCAUCGAAAUGUCUUUCGUCACCGUCUUCGUCUCAUGUAUCGGCCAAGUCCUCACCCGAAGAGCUUUCAUCCGCAAAGCCCACGGAAUGUCACUCGCUGAGAUGACGAUGCGCAACUGGGUCAUCCAGCCCGGAUCUCUCAUCACUCACUUCGAGACGCUGCCAUCCUCGUCACUGACUCUUCUCGGCAUGCUGUCUCUCACUGCCACCCUCGCUGCGUCGUUCUACACCACCGCCUCGGACGCAAUGGUCUCGCCGAAGCUCAAGUCUGGAAGCUGGGAGAGCAAGGAACUGACGGGCUACGUGCGCGCCUCGUACGCCAAUGCGGCGUACGUCCGUGAGGAUUGCCCGUAUCUCUUCAACUCGACCGAGGACAUCCACGCCGCCGAGUCUUGUAUGAACGUCCAGUUCUCGGGACAGUCUUACCGAAACCUGCUUAACUAUAUGAAUACGUGGACGGCCAUAAACCGCAACGGCACCGUAAUCUCGACUGACUUGAAGAAGCGACCUGGCGGAACUACCCUGCUCCACGACAACACCACCAUGCAUGGUUCCUGGAUCGAGACCGAGCACGGCGAUGUCGCAGCGCAGUUCGAGGACUUGGGACGCAUCAUUAAUAAUGUCACAUUGGCCCUUCCUCAUCCUGGCGUCUACGCCGCUUCCACCCUCAAGCAGAACGGCAUCCUUCAGCCCGACGAUCUCGCCGGUGUGGGAGAGUACACCGUUCGGGCUGGAGUCGUUUCGCCUUCUGUCAAUGUCUUGUGUGUCGAUAUGGACAAAAAGGAACUUGCGCCUCUUGUUUACACCCAGUGGCCACACUCCAAGAAUAGCAACACUGAUGUGCCUGGGCAAAAGAAGGGAUGGGCCGGUUGGACUGGCGAGGUGCCUCAGCCGCUUGAUAAGAAGGGGAAGGAUUACUACCUCAACCGAACUGAUGUUGAUGAUAUCUUCAAAUGGGGGCCCAAGUACGAGCGUCGCCCUCCGGUUUUCCAGAUGUACCCCUUUGAUUUCAAUCUUCUCACCAACGCCACUGUCUACGCAGCUGAUUCUAUCUACACCCUUGGCAAAGCAGCCACCAGCACAAACUACACUCUCUGCCAGCUUCGCUCCUGGGUAUCACCCAACUGCUCUACCGAGUUCAACAUCUCUGGAACUGCUGGUGCAACCUUGAAGUCCCACUGCGAGGACGACAGUGAUGAAAAUGCCUAUCGCAGGUCAUUCCCUGCUGACCAGGGUUGGUCUCUUCCUUCUCUGGACUGGAAGUGGCUCGCCGAUCAAUGGCGCUUGUCCAUGGAUCUCAACGGAGGCACCGUUAACAACAACGCUUCCAACGCCCGUAUCCUUACACAGCUCGCCUUGCACGAACCUGAGUUGCCCGCUUCGCAACCCUCCAUGGCCGAAGCCCUCGCCGUGUACUCCAGCUCUCUCAUCAUGAUCAGCGCCAUCGACACGCCCUUCCGCCACUACUGGGACCAAGACCCGGAGAAGUACCCCACCAACGUGAUCCCCGAAGCGCCCGGUUUCGCCCAGACCUUCAACGCAUCGCUCAUCACGCAGGAGUACACGUCCGGCCACACCCAGGGCUGGCAGAACAUCUUCUACGUCAUCCUCGUGCUGGUCUUCGCCAUCAACCUCUUCUGCCUGGGCUACUUCAUCAUGCGCUCCGGCCUAGUGACGGACUUUACAGAGCCGCAGAACCUGUUCUCGCUGGCGAUCAACAGCCCGCCCAGCAACAGCUUUCACGGCAGCUGCGGUGGCGGUCCUGAGAAGAGGCACCUCGUUGUUCCCUGGAAGGUGGCCUAUGCGCCGAGCGCGAACCAUUUCUUCUUCCAGGAUACGUCCACGGGCAAGGAGACAGAGAUAGAGACUCCUGGGGGGUUGAACUCUAGCUCGUAUGCCAUUCGACUUCGAGUUUACCAUAUCGAUGAGAAAACCCUCAAGGAUGCCGAAAACACAGCUCUGGCUAUGGAUCUCUGGAAGGCUGGUGUCGUUACAGAGACGUGA